AUGCUUAGGCCGAUGGAUAUUGUCGCCCUCGUCAUGUCAACAGGUAUUCGAUUAACUCGUUUUGAGGUUGCCAAAUAUAUGAUCCCAUGGAAACAGUUGUUUCAUGACCUGAAGUGGGUUGAUGAGUUGGAGGAAAAAAGUUGUACGGCGACUCUCUUUGGUACAUCAAUCGCUGAACUUGCAAGCGCAAUUUGCAACUGGGAUUAUUCGUUCGACCCGUCCCGAAUGAAGUUUCUAGUAAUUGUAGGACAAAUAGGAAAAGAGAUGAGAAAGCAAACACCAUCAUGGACUUCACACAUCACCGACUCUUUCGAUACAGGGGUAGUGUGGUAUCAGGUGCCUUCGUUCCAACACAUCCUAUCGACUUUGAGUACAUCGGUACUUCUAAGCACUAUUGAUAGAGCAGAGGCUUGUGUCUUGUUUCUUGAGAAAGGGUCUCAUUUUGACUUAGACACCUCGUGGUUUGAUAUUUUAGCGACAACGAUGGGCCCACUACGAUUGUGCAGAGUUGGGUCCGGUACUUCUUUCCCAGACCCAACGGAGUUGUGGCGGAUCGAAUCGCAACGUUUGAAGAAUACUAAAAUUGCCGAUUCAUGUGAUCUUGUACACAUGUAUCAACCAGUCGAUCCCGCUCGAUUGGAAAAGUCUUUUGCGCGAGUUUAUUGUGAUGUGGAAGGGGGGUCAAGUAUUGUUGUGAACGGGCCGGACGCUAGUAACUGGUAA